ACUCUUCUGUUAUAUUUAUAUUCAGCAACGUGCAAUAGAAACAAAAUUAGAAGACAUCCAUGAUGUCUUUACCUUUCUACCAAAGGCACCAUGAGCACUAUGACCGUGCGUACCGCCAUAAAGCCCUGCAGUCCACUGUAAGCCAGUACCAAAAGGAAUCAAAGAGCAGAUCUGCUGUCUAUGCUCAAGGAUCUACAGCUUACGCGAGGGGCUCUGCAGCCUAUCGACAUGCAUCUGCAGCAGACUUCAGCCUUGACUCUUCAGCAGCGUAUAGUCGUGGCUCUUCAGCCUAUGACCUUGAGUCAGCAGCCUACAGCUAUGGAUCUACAGCCUAUGAUCACUCUGCUGCACAGAGUAAAAGAUCUGCUGCAUACAGUCUUGACUCUCAGUCCCUCAGCAAGAGCUCAUCUGCCUACAGCCAUGGAUCUGAAUCCAUCAACAAACUGGCUGCAGCAUACAGACUGGUCUGAAGCCUACAGUCUUGGACUGAAAGAUUCCAAUUUAAUGAUUGAAGAUCAAUCCUAUAAGAUGAGUCCCAAAGCAAAGAGAGCAAAACAGAAUUUGGUAUCUGAGGACAAAGAGAAUGAAGCCAUAGACUACUCAGUGCCCAUAUUCACAGGACGAGAAGUGAGUAUCAGUGGGAUCACAGACACGGAAGAAGAAAGAAUUAAAGAAAGUGCUGCAUAUGUUGCCAAGAGGAACCUUUUUGCCACAGGUGAAGGAGUUAGUGUCAGCAAAGUGGCCAAGUCAACUUCUGAAGAGGAGCAUCAUGAAAAAAAAUCAAGGAAAGUAGCGAUCCGGGAGUCUGCUGAACGUGUGGCCCUGAAGAAAACGCUAGAAGAUACUCAGGCCUUCCACAAAAAGUUGAAUCAAGAUAAACUUUUACAUGCUCCUGAGUUUAUUAUCGAGCCUCGUUCUCACACAAUCUGGGAAAAGCAAAAUGUCAAAUUUCAUUGUUCUGUGGCUGGCUGGCCAGCACCCCGUGUUACAUGGUACAAAAACAACGUGCCCAUCAAUGUACAGACUCACCCUGGCAAGUAUAUAAUUGAAAGUCGAUAUGGGCUGCACUCACUGGAGAUUAGCACAUGCGAUUUUGACGACAUUGCUCAGUAUCGGGCCUCUGCUAUGAAUGUUAAAGGAGAAAUUUCAGCUUAUGCUUCCCUGGUGGUAAAGAGGUACAAAGGAGAAAUUGAUGCAAGUCUUUUACAUGCUGGAACUUCUUCCAUGCCUCUGGGUUUUGGCGUUACCCCUCAUGGCUAUGCUUCCAGGUUUGAAAUCAGCUUUGUCGACAAGUUUGAUGUAGCCUUUGGGAGAGAAGGCGAGACAAUGAGUCUGGGAUGCACAGUUGUCAUCUGUCCUGAUAUCAAGCGCUUCAAACCAGACAUCGAAUGGUACAGAAAUGGUGUUCUUAUUACACCAUCCAAAUGGGUCCAGAUGCACUGGAGUGGGGAGCGAGCUUCGUUAACACUGACUCAUGCAAACAAGGAAGAUGAAGGUCUUUACACUCUACGAGUGGUGAUGGGAGACUACUAUGAAGAGUACAGCAGUUAUGUCUUUGUUCGAGAUGCUGAUGCUGAAAUCCCCGGAGCCCCUGGCGCACCACUGGACGUGCAGUGCUUAGAUGCCAACAAAGAUUAUGUCAUUGUCUCCUGGAAGCAGCCCGCUGUCGAUGGAGGAAACUCCAUUCUCGGAUAUUUCAUUGACAGGUGUGAGGUUGGCACCACCCACUGGACCCAGUGCAAUGAGACUCCCGUGAAGUUUGCUCGUUUUCCCGUCACUGGUCUGAUCGAAGGCCGCUCCUACGUUUUCCGAGUCCGAGCUGUGAACAAAGCCGGCAUUAGCCGCCCAUCCCGAGUGUCAGAGCCCGUGGCUGCUCUGGACCCUGCUGACAGAGCCAGGCUUAGAGGUCACCCUUCUGCUCCCUGGACUGGACAGAUUAUUGUCACUGAGGAAGAACCUGCAGAGGGUGUUGUUCCUGGUCCACCUACAGACCUCCAAGUUAUUGAAGCCACCAAGAACUAUGUUGUGCUUAGCUGGAAACCUCCUGGACAGCGGGGCCAUGAGGGUAUCAUGUACUUUGUGGAAAAGUGUGUUGCCGGCACAGAGGACUGGCAAAGGGUGAACACCGAGAUCCCUGUGAAGUCUCCUCGCUUUGCAGUUUUUGAUUUGGCUGAAGGCAAAUCCUACUGCUUCCGAGUUCGCUGUUGCAAUUCAGCUGGUAUUGGUGAACCGUCAGAAGCAACUGAAGCCACUGUGGUGGACAACAAACUUGAUAUUCCCAAAGCUCCUGGGCGUAUUAUGCCAACUAGGAAUACAGAUACCUCAGUUGUUGUCACUUGGACAGAGCCCCCAGAUGCUAAGGAGCUGGUUGGGUACUACAUUGAGUCAAGUGUAGUUGGAUCUGGUCAUUGGGAACCAUGCAACAACAAUCCAGUGAAAGGCACAAGAUUCAUUUGCCAUGGGCUCGUCAACGGUGAGAAGUACAUUUUCAGAGUCAGAGCUGUUAAUGCAGCGGGACUCAGUGAAUUUUCACAGGACUCGGAGCCUAUAGAAGUGCAAGCGGCCAUUGGGGGAGGAUUGCUUCAUGCUGCUCCAUCUCCACCUUGUGACAUCAUGGUACUUGAGAGUGUUCGUGACUCGAUGGUAUUAGGAUGGAAACAACCUAAAGUCACUGGUGGAACUGAAAUUACCGGCUACUACGUGAACUAUCGUGAACUGGUUGAUGGAGUUCCUGGGAAAUGGAUGGAGGCCAACAUUAAGGCCAUUAGUGAGAGGGCAUACAGGAUUCAAAACCUGAAGGAAAACAUGGUGUACCAGUUCCAGGUGGCUGCUGCUAACCUGGCUGGGGUUGGGACACCCUCCCUACCCAGCCAGCCCUUCAAAUGUGAAGAAUGGACCAUUGCUGUACCUGGGCCACCUCAUGAUGUCACAUGCACAGAAGUUAGGAAGGACUCUUUGGUUUUACUGUGGAAGGAACCAGUUUAUACUGGUCGUAGUCCCAUAGCUGGUUAUUAUGUUGAUAUGAAGGAAACUGAAGCAAAGGAGGAACGCUGGAGAAGUGUCAAUGAGAAGCCACUUCAAAAGAAAUUCUUGAAGUUAGGUGGCCUAAAAGAAGGUGUGAGCUAUGUGUUUCGUGUGCGGGCAACAAACCAGGCUGGUGUUGGGAAACCAUCAGAUGUCACGGAUCCUGUCGUAGCUGAAACACGACCAGGAACCAAGGAAGUGGUGGUUGAUGUAGAUGACAACGGAGUCAUUUCCUUGAACUUUGAAUGUGAUCAGAUGUCUCCAAACUCCAAGUUUGUUUGGUCCAAGAAUUAUGAACCAAUUGAAGAUGAUUCUCGACUGAACAUCGAUACCAAAGGCGGAAAGUCAAAAGCUACCUUUAAGGACCUUGGAGAAGAUGAUUUGGGAAUUUACUCUUGUGUUGUUACAGACACUGAUGGAGUUUCAUCAAGCCACACAAUUGAUGAGGAAGAAAUGAAACGUCUGCUUGCUCUGAGCCACGAACGCAAAUUCCCAA